UUGUUGUUAUUCCGUGGUUGCUCGGACAAAAACCUGCUCUUUUACAGUGAAUAAUAUUCAGUAAAUUAUAAUGAUUAAAUUGUAAUUUUGUACUUUUAUUGUAAAUAAUUAUUGGCACAAUAACUUGUAACAGUAGUUAGCAAUAACUCGAGUGAAAGAAGUGAUGUAUUGGUUGUUUUGAAGAGCUAAUGGUGUUAUAAGUGAACACGGACUGCAAAAUUGCUUUCAAUUUGGUCCGGUUUUCAUGCUAUAGGAACGUCGGACACAACAUUUUCUGAACUACAUAGCGCGAAAUAGUUGGCUUCGAUUAUCAAACGUUUUCCGAUUACCUCGAUUUACAACUCCAACUUUUCACGUGAAUGUGGCAAACAUCGAUCACAGUAGCGUCACAUGGCAACCGAGCUUGCUGAACAUCCGGGAAACUACCAACGUUAAACUUUGCACCUGUAGACAAACCACAGCCCUAUUUUUCCGAAAGUUGUUCAUAACACGUUUUCCCCCGGAAAAGGAUUUCCGGCAAAACCCAGACCUAAAGCACGACAGGCCCCAACGGAGCAAUAGAUUAUGGUCACAAAAAACGACAACAGCCGGCAUCCAGAGGAACAUCGAACAAGUUUAGCAUCACUGUCACCGACACCAUCACCAUCAUCGCCAUCCGCAGCAUAGCCUACCGCGACACAGAUAGACACUACGAAUAGAGUAUCUUCGACGCCCGGUUCAACAGGCACAGUGACAUCUUCGCCAUUCCACACGUCAUCUUCGUAGUCGUCGUCGUCAUUGUCGGGUGUCAUCAGCGGUGAACCGGUAACACCUUUACCAAUAAUGUUGACCGGUGUUGGGACAGCAAAAGCUACUAGCAAUUCCGGUUGCUGUAGGCCGAAGCUGGCAGGGUUUGCCUUCUACGAGAAAGUUUUGGGCUCACCAAAAUAUGUGGUGGCCCCUAUGGUGGACGCUAGUGAACUGGCUUGGAGGCUAUUGAGCCGUCGACACGGAGCCCAGCUGUGCUACUCACCCAUGUUCCACAGCAGCUGCUUCACUAAGGACCACAAGUAUCGGAAAGACUCACUGCAGAGCUGUCCGGAAGAUCGACCACUCAUCAUACAGUUUUGCGGUAACGACCCAAAGGUGCUGCUAGAAGCCGCACUGCUCGCCCAGGACCACUGCGACGCCAUCGAUAUCAAUCUUGGUUGCCCACAGGCGAUUGCCAAACGAGGCCAUUACGGUGCUUUUCUACAGGACGAAUGGGAUCUACUUAAGGAAAUCGUGGCCACCCUGCACAAGCAUCUGAGCGUACCGGUAACCUGUAAAAUUCGUAUAUUCGAAGACAUUGACAAAACAAUCCGCUACGCUAAAAUGCUGGAAGCAGCCGGUUGCCAAAUGUUGACAGUCCACGGGAGAACUCGAGAGCAGAAGGGACCGCUAACCGGAGUGGCUGAAUGGAGUUAUGUGAAAAAAUUGAGGGAAGUUUUGAAAAUACCACUUCUAUCGAACGGAAAUAUCAUGUCAGUGGAGGAUAUUCACCGCUGUCUGGAAGAAACGGGUGUCAACGGAGUAAUGACCGCCGAAGGAAAUUUGUUCAAUCCUUUUUUGUUUGAAGGAGUCAAUCCAACCGCCUGGAGCGUAGCCUACGAGUAUCUAGAUAUCGUAGAAAAGUAUCCAGCUCCAAUCUCCUAUAUCCGGGGGCAUCUCUUCAAAGUGUUUCAUCAUUUGAUGAAUCUAACAUCCAAUGCAGCCCUGCGGGAGGAAAUGGCCAUCUGUCACAACGUACCCGAAUUCCGGGCCAUCGUUAAACUUCUAGAACAAAAAUAUCUUCCCUUCCAUGAAGGCCGCCAGAAAUGGACCGGCGAAGCAUCUAACCUGCCGUCGAUAGAAACACCGCCAAAAUUGGACAGCAACCUCUCGUUACCACCGUGGCUGUGCCAACCGUACAUCCGGGCUGCUCCGGAGGUACACCGGCAGAAGUUAGAGGAAGCAUCUCGGCUAGCGGCUGAUCCGAAUCGUGAAAAAAGAGCAUUCUACGAUCAGGAAGGUAACGAAAUAUCACGCAAAAAGAUGAAGAAAAUGCGACGCGUGCAGCGUAGGCCAAACCGAGCCGGCCUACUGCCGGGGGACCCGGAACGAGAACCCGGCCGAAGGUUUGAUGAGCUUUGCAAAAACGGGAAAAUCGAGUGCACUAAUCCAAUGGGUUUAAAGUGUGACGAGAAACUGUGCCGAGUCUGCUGCAAAAAUCGAUGUUUUCACGAGAACUUAGAUUGCGUUGGCCAUAAACUAUUUAUUAAAUCGCGGCGAAAUAAGGCGAUAGCACUUACUGCUGCAGAGAAAGAGCGAGAAGGCAGCAAUAAUGACGAUCGCCAACAACUACCUCAGGCAGAUGUUGUAACUGAAAGUUGAUAUCGGAUUCAUAUAGGUAAAUGUGAAUUGUUAAUUUUUGGUUAAUUAUUUGAAUUGAUCAUUAGAAAAGUGUAUUUUCAAACCAAA